GGUUAACGGCGCUCUGGGGCCGGCGAUGAAGCUGAAGUUGUGCGGAGCGGGCGGCGGGCGGCUCGGGACGCUGGUGGAGCUGGGCCGGAGCGGGGCCGCCGCCCUGGCGCUGCCGGGCUGCUUGCUGUACACGCGGACCGGCUCGGCGCCGCACCUCACCCAGGACACGCUGCAGGAGGUGGGCGGCGUCCCCGCCGUGGCCCAGCUGACCCUGCCGACCAUGGCAGAACUUCAUGAUGUCUUGGAAGAAUAUAAAGAAGGAGCUGCAAAAUUUAUAGGUAUGCCAGACACAGUGCUAUACUGUUCCCUUCAUGACCCAGUCACUCCCUGUCCCUCUGGCUACAACACUAACAAGACGGUGUCCCUGUGGGGAAACUCGGGACGCAUGGAAAUGACACCUUCCAAGUUCAUGGACAUACAGCGGGCCAUCCAGCCAGACUGGUUUCAGUGCAUCUCUGAUGGAGACACCAUUUCUGGGGAAGUUGGUAGAAAAAGAGCCAAGAAGUCUGUGGAUAGGUCACUUUCCUUCCUGGAUGUGUGCCUUCAGCUGCUAGAGAAGUCACCGGAACUACAAGGAAGUGUAAUGUUUGGGGCGAUUGAAGGUGGAGAUAUCUUGGAAGAGAGGCUCAGAUCAGCCAGGGAGACUGCCAAGCGACCUGUGGGUGGCUUUCUGCUAGAUGGCUUCCAGGGACGUGCCAUGGCCAAGGAGACCAAGUUGAAACUGAUAGCUGCUGUCACAGCAGAGCUGCCAGAGGAUAAACCAAGAAUCAUCCAUGGCAUAGGCAAACCAGAUGAGGUGCUUGAGUGCAUUGAAAGGGGAGUGGACAUUUUCGAGAGCUUCUUUCCUUUCCAAGUGACAGAGCGAGGCUGUGCCUUGGUUUUCAGUUACGACUGCCAUUCAGGCCCUGAAGCAGCAGUUUUAAAGCAAAAUGGGGCCCAGGACCUGGAGGAGAAUGGCGCUGAAGAAAACCAGGAUGAAAUCUCCAAAGCUGAUCCAGAAAUGACACCAUUUGAGAUAUUUCUGAAAGACAAAAGGUACCAAGAUGAUUUUGGUCCUUUGCUGGAAGGAUGCACCUGUUACUGUUGUCAGAGACACACUCGUGCCUACAUCCAUCACCUCCUCAUGACCAAGGAGCUCUUGGCGGGUGUCCUGCUCAUGAUGCACAACUUCCAGCACUACUUCAGUUUCUUCAAUGCCAUACAGGAUGCCUUAAGAGACAAUAAACUGGAUCAGCUGAAGAAGCUUGUCUUCAGACAGGCGCUUCAAGGCCCAGCAAAUAUGAAGCCAGGCCAGUGAAUUCGGAGAGGAUAGAGGAGGUUGCAGGCUAUGUCCUUAUCCAGCAGGACUGUGUAAGGUGAACUGCCAGCAGGGUCACCUGGAGCUGUUAGUAGUAAAAUGCCUUGCUUCCUGGAGGGAAUUGAAAGGGACAUUUGAAGAAGGUCUUGCUUCCUGGUGGGGAAGGAAGACCUCAUUCAAAUAUCCCUUUUGGUUAAUCGGCUUGGUGCGUUCUUAUGGUAUGGAAGAGCCUGAACAUGUCGCAAGACCAGUAUGGAUAGCUUUGUUUUCAGUUACUCGCUGUUAGUGUUCCAUAUGGAAUGACAGAAUUAUUGAACUUGUGACUGAAGAAUUAGGGCAUACCCUUAAAACUGAUGCAUCUGCCUAGAGGCUCAGCAGCUGUUUUGGACUCUCGUUCCAUACUCAAUGGAUGUUACAGGUAAUUAUUUUUCCAGAAAAUCCUAGUGGUUUGGUUGUCCUAUCAUGCAGCUUCUUGAUGAGAGAUCCCAGCUCAGUCUAACACACUUUUCCUUGUGGCCAUUGCCAGCAUCUGUGUCCCUGAGAAGGACUGACUGGAAAUGCUGCUGUGUUCGGUGGCACAAGAGACUGUGUGUGUACUUCCCCCUCUGGCCGCCUGCAGUGCAGAAUGUUCCCUGGGCCAGGAGGAGGCCCUCUACCUCGGCCUGGACUUGAAAACCCCUGCCUCAGGGCUUCCAGUCUCCGACAUUAGAGCCAGAAAGAAGAGAAAGUGUUUAAUCCAUGUCCUGCUCUAGAGGGUUUUUUUGACUCUGUACCCUUUCAGCUGUAUGGACUAAGAUUUCACUCCCACAGUAGCAUGUGGAUGAUAAUGAAUGUACAACUCUUUCCAACUGUCCAAGCACUGGUCAAAUAGCAGGCUACACAAAUGUCAAUGUGAGAUGGAGAUGUAGAAGAGAUGUAUUGUAGGAAAAGGCAUUUUACAAAGAAUCUUGUGGCUCCUUGUUUUAAAAUAUGACUUAGUUAUGUCACAUUCCUCUUAUUCAUUUUUUUUUAAUGCUCCUUACUUUGGAAUCAUGGAUUUAUUAAUUUUACCUUGCAAAGCAACAAUAAAAAGUUUUAUUAUUCAUUA